AUGGGGGACUGGAACUUCCUGGGGGGGAUCCUGGAGGAGGUGCACAUCCACUCCACCAUGGUGGGGAAGAUCUGGCUGACCAUCCUCUUCAUCUUCCGGAUGCUGGUGCUGGGCGUGGCGGCGGAGGACGUGUGGAACGACGAGCAGUCGGACUUCGUGUGCAACACGGAGCAGCCGGGCUGCCGCAACGUGUGCUACGACCAGGCCUUCCCCAUCUCGCUCAUCCGCUUCUGGGUGCUGCAGGUCAUCUUCGUGUCCUCGCCCUCGCUGGUCUACAUGGGCCACGCCAUCUACCGGCUGCGGGCGCUGGAGAAGGAGCGCCACUGCCGCAAGGCGGCGCUGCGCCGCGAGCUGGAGGCGCUGGACGGCGAGCCGGCGGAGGUGCGGCGCCGCAUCGAGAAGGAGAUGCGGCAGCUGGAGCAGGGCAAGCUGAACAAGGCGCCGCUGCGCGGCUCGCUGCUGGGCACCUACGUGGCGCACAUCGUCACGCGCUCGCUGGUGGAGGUCAGCUUCAUGACGGGCCAGUUCCUGCUGUACGGCCACCGGCUGGGCGCGCUGUACCAGUGCGAGCGGGAGCCCUGCCCCAACGUGGUGGACUGCUUCGUGUCGCGGCCCACCGAGAAGAGCGUCUUCAUGAUGUUCAUGCAGGCCAUCGCCUGCAUCUCGCUCUUCCUCAGCCUGCUGGAGAUCAUGCACCUGAGCUUCAAGAGGAUCAAGAGGGGCAUCCUGGACUACUACCCGCACCUGAAGGACGACCUGGACGACUACUACCUCAGCAAGUCCAAGAAGAACUCGGUGGCGCAGCCGGCCUUGCCGGGCGCCGCGGCGGGCCGGAAGAGCACCAUCCCCACGGCGCCCAGCGGCUACACGCUGCUGCUGGAGAAGCAGGGCAACGGGCCCAGCUACCCGCCGCUGGCCGCCGCCCACGCCGCCUUCCUGCCCGUCCAGGGCGAGCCGGGGGCCCGGCCCGACGCCCGGAGGGACGCCAAGGAGGGCGUGCCCAGCCCCACCGAGCACAACAGCAACUCCAACAACACCAGCAGCGAGACGCGCUCGCUGCCCGCCGACAAGCGCGACGAGGAGGAGCCCCCCGCCAAGGCGCCCGAGCUCCGGGCGUCCGAGUACCCCACGCUGCCGGCGGCCGACGCCGCCUCCUGCCCCGCGCUGCCCGGCGCCCGCAAGGCGCGCAGCCCGCCCUGGAACUGCUCCACGCUGGUGGAGGGGAACUGCUCCGACAGCGGCGACUCCUACGCCGGCGCCAAGCCUCGUGGCGGCGGUGGCGGCGGAGGAGGCCCCGGGCCGCGGGCCCGGCUGCUGUCCAGGCCCGAGCCCCGGAGGCCCGGCCGGCCCGAGAGCCCCGACUCGGCGGGGGAGCUGAGCUCGGCGUCCCGACACAGCCGGGAGAGCAACAGCCCGCUGGCCUCCUCGCCAAACCGCAGGCCGUCGGCCGCCAGCAGCGGCGGCAGCAGCCGGCGCGCCGCCACCGACUUACAGAUCUGA